UCAAAGCUUGAUACAAAAUCUAUGUGAAUUAAAAAUUACCGUAUAGAAGAAGAUGACAGCAUGAAAAUUUCCUGAUUAGAAAGAGAUAAUAAAUUUUAUUUUUCGGUCUUGUAAAAAAAACAAUUCUCUUUUUUUGAAGUCUUGAUUCUUGAUGACGUCAUACAUUCUUUUGUAUUCAUAUAUUCUGAGCACACUUGUGUUGUCAAAUUCUAAAGUCAUUUUGUGAUUAAAAAAAAAAAAGUAAGUCUGAGUAAUCUCUGUAAAAAUGAGCGGAAAACAUUUGAGUACUGGUUCUGUGGCACCGCCGGUGGUUCCAGGAAAAUUACGUCUUUACAGCAUGAGAUUUUGUCCUUAUGCCCAACGAGUACAUCUGGUUCUUGAUACUAAAAAAAUUCCGUAUGAUGUCGUAUACAUAAAUUUGACAGCUAAACCUGAAUGGCUGACAGAAAAAAGUCCCCUUGGGAAAGUGCCAUGCAUUGAAUUUGAAGAUGGCGAAACUUUAUACGAAAGUCUUAUCGUAGCUGAUUAUUUGAAUGAAGCUCAUCCAGACCAAAAUCUCUAUCCCAGCGACCCAAGAGCUAAGGCCAAGGAUAAAAUUUUAAUUGAACGUUUCAAUGGAUUGAUUUCAUUGAUGUACAAAUUUUACCUGUCGCCUACUGUAGACCGUGACAUGUUUGAAGAGGCAUUGAAAGUAUUAGAAUUUUUUGACAGGGAGUUGGUUCGUCGGGCAAGUCCAUUCUUUGGUGGAAGUAAACCUGGGAUGGUUGACUUGAUGAUUUGGCCAUGGUUUGAAAGGGCUGAUAUUAUUCGAAUCAUGAGAGGUGAACAAUAUGUCAUUCCACGUGAACGUGUUCCUCGUAUUAUGGAAUGGAAAACAGCAAUGAAAGAAGAUCCAGGUGUGAAAGUCAGUUGUCUAGAACCGGAAGUCCAUGCUAAAUAUAUGAAAAGUCGUCUUGCUGGUACUCCACAAUACGAUUUGCUGGUUAAAUAAAUCAUUAAUGAUAAUUUUAUAAAUUUUUUAUAUCUAAUUUGUUAAUCAUUAUUAAUAUAAAUAUUUUUUUAUCAACAAUAAAAUACAAAUAAACAGA